AUGUUUCUCGAGACAUUUACCACCCUUCUGGCAGUUUCAAGAACUACCAACUUUGCAGCACGAUUUACCGGUGUGCGCAAGUUUCUGCCCGCGCUCUCUCCGAAACGGUUCGGUCUUGUCGGGGCCAUCGACCCAGAUGUUAUUGCGCGCCAAAUGGAUGCAUGCACAUCCUUCAACGACGUAACCUGGGUGGAAUUCUGGAAAGCUGUGGCCUUUGAACAAGUUGCAAUUCUGGACGGCGAACUAAAAAAGUUUGGACUCGGGGGCGUUGGAUCCUGGCUAGAAAACCAGUCAACCGAGAGACCUCAGCCAGACAUCACCACUUUCUUAAGCCGUGGUCACAAAGUCUUUACGCACACCCCCAUCGGAAGCUACGCUGAUAUAGAUGAGCUCACGAAAGGCGAACCCACCGAGGUGUGCAGCAGCAUCAUAGGUGUAGGCGCUGCAUUGAAAGCCUGUUCAUACCUGUUUCUCGCUGCCUGGCCAGGACGGACCCCGAAGCGUACAGAUACGUAUCAUACACUGAACAAGUUAUUCGACUUACUUCUUGACUCUAUUGCGCCUAGACUCAACCUCGUGGUGGAGCGAUAUAUUCUCAAAUCUGAAGGUGAAGCCAUCACUAUUUACGGGCUGCUUCCAAAGCCAUUAAUUGGAGCAGAGACUCGCGGUAUGCCUGCCGUGCUAGUUUCCAAUGGUCUUGAAGGCACAAAUGUCGAAUCUAUAAUGCCGUUCUUGCGCAGCGCUCAUCAUGACGCUGCGGGCCUCUUCUUCAUGGAAAUGCCAGGCACAUAUGCCUACAAGAAUCCAAUGAAGGCGGGAGUCUCGGAAAAGAUAUACUCUGAUGCAAUCUCGUACAUUGAAUCACAUUGGCAUAUUGAUGGCGAUAGGAUUGGUAUGAUGGGCCUCAGUUUCGGAGGCAACUGGACUACACGCAUGGCAAUAUGUGAGCCUCGUCUCAAAGCUGUUGUGGUCAAUGGUGCGCCAUUACGAAGGUCUCUUGGAAUGUCGGGAUCCUAUGGUAUGCCACAGAUUAUGUUGGAGGCGCUGGCGAACACGACGGGGGCAAAGACAUCGCUUGCUAUGGCUUCCAGUCUUCAAGCUUUGGCCCCAAAACGAGAUGAUAUCCGGAGAAUAAAGUGUCCCGUGUUGGCAGUCAAUGGGGAGACGGACACGCUUGUAUCGACACAGGACACUGUUGACUUGGCUGAGAUGGCUCCCGUCUCCCAGCUUAAACUCUAUGAGGGGGAUGAUCACUGCGCAAUGUCGCAUGUAGGAGAAUGGAUUCAACUGUCGAUGGAGUGGAUGCAGAAGCAUGUUGUACUUGCAAGAGAUUAA